GGGGCUCCUUCGUCGAUAAAACCUCUCUUCUUCACUUGUUUGUCAACAGAGAGUGGUCGUAUAUACUCGGUAACUUCCGUCAAUCAUCGGCAUUUAAACAUGGCGACUGUCUCAUUACGAAAUUCUGCUACCUCGCUGUUGUUAUUUAGCAGAAGGUUUUUCAGACCGGAGCUGAAUGUUCUCUGUUCAUAUCACGAAAAGGUGGUGGACCACUAUGAAAACCCAAGAAAUGUGGGCUCUUUGGACAAACGCUCCAAGAAUGUGGGGACCGGAUUAGUAGGUGCACCAGCCUGUGGAGAUGUAAUGAAACUUCAGGUCCAGGUGGAUGAAAAUGGUAAGAUUGUGGUUGCAAAAUUUAAGACAUUUGGCUGCGGAUCAGCCAUUGCCUCCAGUUCUCUAGCAACAGAGUGGGUGAAGGGGAAGUCGGUCGAUGAAGCUCUGAAGAUCAAGAAUUCAGAUAUUGCCAAAGAACUCUGCCUUCCUCCAGUCAAGCUUCAUUGUUCUAUGCUCGCAGAAGAUGCCAUAAAAGCUGCCCUGUCAGACUACAGACUGAAACAAGAAGACAAGAAGGAGGAACGUGUCAAAGCCACCAACUAAUAUGUUGUUUUAUGUUGCUAUAACUAUCCACCAUGGAGUAUCUCAUUGUUAUCAGCACCAGUUGAUGUCUAACAGCAGUGCAGUGCAGUGCUGUGUGGAAGAUGAGUUGGCCAUCAUACUACACCAGGUCUUGUGCAGUUCUGGGACUUCUGGGAGUUUUAUACUCUUUAAAAAUGUACAAGAUUCCCUUAUUGUUCAAGUGGCAGGUGUUAAGGCUUUUGUGUGUUUUUCAACAGAUGAUCAGAAAAGUUUGAUUGAUGCUGAUUUUGGAGUUGGUAGUUCAAGGUGACUCCGAUCCUUAAUAUUAAACAAGGGAGCUCAACACUAUUCCACUUUGCAGUGCUUUUCUAUACAGAACACAAGUAAGAUGCAUCAUAAAUCAGAAGCUUGUUUUUGUAUAUUUUUUGGCAUUCAGGCUUUAUUUUGGCUUGUUUGUAUAAAAUCACUAAUCUCUUGCAGAGGAUUCAGUAUGAAAAUGCAUUUAGGCCGGCAUACAAAAGCACAAUAUAAAAUAUUGUAUGAUACUGUGAAUUAAAUGAUUAAAAACAUUUUCAGUG